UUUAAAGAAGCAAAGGAACCGUUGAGACGAUAGGGCAUUAAAAGCAGUUUAGUUUCCUGGCGACUGGACAUUAAUUUCCGUAAAACACCCAAAUAGAACUCUUUCUUCCUCAUUUUUAAUUCAGUGCCGCCCAUUCACAUCUCCAUACUCUUUCUGCUUCCUCCUCUUCAGCAUCUUUAGGCUUUAAGCUGUAAGGUACAGGUAGCUGUCAUCUGUUGUUUUCUUCCGAUUUAAAAUGGCGAACGAUGUGGCUUUAAGGUCAGCGAUAGUGUGGCUGGCGGUGAUCAUAGUCUUAGUUGGGGUACGCACGUUGUCUUUGAAGAAAAUGAUGAUAACUUAUGCGUUUGGGAUGGUUGGGAUUGCUGGGAUACUUUUGCCUGACUGGGAUUUCUUCGAUCGUGAUUUUUCUCGGUGGUGUUAUCCGAUUACUGCUGAAGAAAGAGCUGCUCUUCAUGCUCGAAGAAGAUCUGGGUUAAUAAAAAGGUGUAGGAUCUACCCCAUGAGAGUGAUCAUUUACACCACAAUUUACAGCUUUGGUCUGUACAAGUGGUGGACUUUCAUAUCAAGUUAAUUAUCAAGGAACUCUGCCAGAUGACCCUAUUUUUCCAACUGAGUUUUGGGGUGAUCAGUGUUUGAUCAAAAUUCUUUUGGAUUGUUGAAUCUGCGCCUUUAGGAGUUGUUUCUAGGGGUUCAUAAUAUAUGUACAAUUUGCGAUAAUAUAUGUACAAUUUGCGACUGCUGAAGAUAUAUAUGGCUCAAUUAUUCUCGCCAUCAUAGAAACUAUUUUUCCAUUUUUUGGUGAAGGAAAUGUGCCAUUCAUGUAGUGACCAAGUAUUUUUCGAUUCUUUAUAGUCAUUUGGGAUUUCUUUUAUUGAAAGCAAUUUUUGUAAAGCUACUAGAAACAAAUAUGAUCUCAUCGUAUUAAAUAUAAAUGUCUGAA